CCUACAAUUGGAAACCUGAUUAAAGUUGUGUUCCUUUGCUUGAAAAUUAACUUUAUAACGCAUUUUGCUAACGGAAAUUACAAACAAACUGCGAUACAGCUUGGAUUUGUGCCGACAGUUUUACUUGAAAGUUUUUAUAACACUAAUGCUAAUUUUUAGUUAAUAAUAAAUGAAAUAUAUGUUUUGUUACACUUGUAAAACAAUUGCAAUAUGCAAGCAAACAAGCGAACUUAUUCGCAAACAACAGCUGAUUUCCGCAACAGCCGGCAAUAACAGCAAAACAAAACAAUUAAAUGUUUCCCGGAACUUCAACAGUUAGGGUACAUUACAAGUUUUGUAAAUUAUGAUGAAAUAACAUGAAGGGAAUUAGUGUUCGCACAACUGCUUUGCAGAAUACUUCGUAGUAAUUUAGUUUGUUCGGUUUGGUAAGCAGAAAAUAAUGCUUCGUACGUUUAAAAACAUAUUUGCAGCUGGCGCGAGUGCAACUGAUGUAAAUGAAAAUGCAGAAUUGAAGCAAGUAUGGCCGAAGCGAGCGGCUGUUUUGAUAUUUACAAACUUCGGUAAGGAAUUACUGCUGAAAUGUGUUGAUGUGCCCAAACCUGAUGCAACACAAAUAAGUAUCGAAAGUUUUAUGGAAACAUCGUCAGUUUUUCCAAUAAAGUUCGGUACGGAUACGUGUCGUGUAAUGAGUCAGCCAGUGGAACGUUAUACAGAAAUCACUAAGCAAAUUGCAUCUGCGUAUCCCGUAAUACAUGAGCGCGUGUUGCGUUUGUAUUUGGCUUUUUUGGAGUACAAAACUAAAUACGGUCUGUGAUCAAAAAGAAUAUACAUGAACUGUUUUAGUACCGCAUUUGCUUGUUAAUUGUAUUUGUUUAUAGGCACAGAUAUUGAGCGUAAACUGUAUACCGGCAUGACGCUAACAGCUUUGGUGCAGCGUUUACUAGAGAAACGUUGCGUCUCCUUUGUUGGACCGCUGGAUCAUUAUUUGUUGCUUAGCGGUGAAACAGGUUUGGGCAAAUUUUAUGACGUGGGUACGGAGAAGGAGGAAGCGCCAUUUCUGCUGAAAGAUGUGCUAAGCUAUGAUGAAAUGAAACUUUCUGCUUUUCUAUCAGUUUCUUCAUACACGGAGUUCUUAAACGACGGCAAUCGUCGAAACGCUGGCAUAAUCGAAGUGGAUAAAUCCAAAAUAGAACGCGUUGGUGUUGUAGUUGGCAUUAUUGGUGCACGCUUUCAAGCGCGCGAAGCCAUGGACUGGCAGGACAUAAUAGUGAGCAAAGAGCAAAAUAUCAAAAAACAUGGUUACGGUUAUACAGCACAAGAAGCCAUAAAUGCAACGAUUGCUGCGGUUAAUUAUCGCUAUUUGUGGACAAAUUUCUAUGAACAACAAGAUUUGCUGUACGAAAAUAUGACCGGUCGAAAUACAACACGUUUCUAUAAAAUACCAAACACUAAAUAUUUUUUUGAUAAUCUUAUGAUGAAGAAACGCAACGCUAUAUCUUUCGAUACACUCUUGCUGGAGGCUAAUGCACGUGGCGCUGCUGCUGGCAAACAAGUAUAUCUACAUGUAGUUGGCAUUGGAUUAGGCGCCUGGCGCGCGUUCCAACAUCAAGAUACAAUUUUUCUUGAGACCUUUGGUGAACGUUUGCAUGAACUAUUAACGUGCUUGAUACACAUUAAUGUGGUACAUUUUUCAUAUUUUAACAUGACGGCAUGCGCUAAUCUUGCAGAUGGUGGUGUAUUAGCCACGGAGUCGCAUCCAGCUGGUGGCAUUAGAAUAUUCCUUAGAAAUAGGAACCCAGCGCAGAAAUUGGAAUCUGAAUUUGAGAAUAUGCUUGUGGUGGAAUCGUAUGCUUGGGAUGGCAAUGCAUUGCCUGGUAACGAAUUCUGGCUUGGUUCUCUCACCUCUUCCGGCGACCCUGCGGCCGCAUGCAGUACGCUCAUCACAGAACUACACAAUCCACACAUCAACACAAAAAUGGUGAAUGGUGAAAAUUUACAUGUGGCAUCAGAUCGUUUCGGUGUUUUGCAUAUUUCGGACUUUGCUACAAAAGUGCUCCACUAAGUCAUUUACUAAAUACAGUAUAUCAACUAUAUGGUGCAUAUAAUAUUUAAUGGCAAUAUACAGUUGUUGAUGUAGUAACUGCUGUUUUAUUCAAUAUUGCUUUUACAUGUAUUAUUAAAAUAAAAUGUUUUUUUAUAUAUACAUAUUCAUACAUAUAUAAAUAUAUACUGAUUAAUAAUUAUGUGCUGUUAAAUGCA